GGUCAUCCUGGAAGCCUCCCCUAGCAACCGCUCGAGCUCUCAGUUGCUCUGUCCGAGUCGCGGGCAGCGCACGUGAAUCCCGCGGGGAAAACACGCGCCAAAUGAGACUCAGUGAACCGGGAUAACGUGUCCAGCCGCCGCCAUGAACGAUAAAUAUCACCAGGCGGCUCGUGACGGAUACCUGGAGCUGCUGAAAGAGGCGACGCGUAAAGAUCUCAACGCUCCGGAUGAUGACGGAAUGACGCCGACGCUCUGGGCCGCUCACCACGGUAACCUGGACGCGCUGAGACUGGUGGUGGGGAGAGGAGGAGAUCCAGAUAAAUGUGAUAUUUGGGGAAAUACUCCUCUUCAUCUGGCUGCAGCUAAUGGCCAUUUAAACUGCCUGUCGUUUCUGGUGUCGUUCGGCGCAAACGUCUGGUGCUUGGACAACGACUACCACACGCCGCUCGACAUGGCGGCCACCAGAGGACACAUGGAAUGCGUGAGAUACCUGGACUCCAUCGCCGCCAAGCAGAUCACCAUCAACCCCAAGCUGGUGAGCAAACUGAAGGACCGUGGCUUUCGUAACGCCGAGAAACGCAUCAGGAACUGUGAGAAGCUUCAGCGCAGACAUCACGAGCGCAUGGAGAAACGCUUCUUGAGAGAGACGGCUGCGACCGAUGCGUUAGACACUAUGAGCUACAGCAGUUUUGGCAGCACGUUGAGCCGCAAGAUCCCCCAGUUCAACACCCUCGACCCCAAUAUGACGUACUCGCAGGCAACGCUUCAGUCCACAGCUAGAGGCAAAACAAAGAUUCAGCGGCGUCUCGAUAAGAAGAAACAAGGAGAAGGAACGUUUAAGAUUUCUGAGGAUGGCCGAAGAAGCAUUCGCUCGCUCUCUGGUCUUCAGCUGGGCAAUGAUGUGAUGUUUCUAAAGCAGGGUACAUACGCCGGCCCAAGACAACAGCCAAACCCACGACUCAACAUCCGUAACGUGUUUUCAGGUAAACAGGACAUGAGGGUGGAUGAAGAGGAUGAAGACAAUGUUUCUCGGGCGAUCAGUGACCCAGGCCUGUAUGAUGCCGCAUACUCUGAAAUUAGCACAGACUCGGGUCGGGACUCUCUGUUUAACCGGCCAGGACUCGGCACCAUGGUAUUCCGCCGGAAUUAUGUGACUGAUGGGCUGUUUCGCAUGGGUCGGGAUGAGGGCAGCGUAGCUGGGAGUGAGCCAGUUGGACGGGCACCAAACGUCAGAUUACGUGGAAGAUUGCCAAUGCGAUCACCCAGUCUAGAUGAAGUCAGCGUUGACAGCUCAUUGGGUCUCCAAGAGAGGAACUUACAGGAUUUACCAUGGGAAGAAGGAGACCUGGGUCUGGAAGAGGAGGAUGAUGAGCAGCAACCUUCAUCAGCUCCUUUGGAAGUCUUCCUAGCGUCUCAGGGUUUGACCGACUUCAUCUCCAUCUUUAAUCGGGAGCAAAUGGACUUGGACGCGUUGCUCCUUUGUUCAGAGCAGGAUCUCAUCAGCAUCCACAUUCCUCUGGGACCUCGCAAAAAACUACUGGACGCCUGCAGCAGACGCAACCGUGUCCUGGACGGAGAUGAUGACAUGCAGGACACUGUGCUGUGAACGACUGAAUGGUUUUCUCCGUGUAUACAGAAUCUACUGCCUUGCUGCCUGCUGUCUACAAUGAAACAUAUUUGCAAUUGAUUCAUUCGCCAUAUUUUAUGAUUUUCUAACAGUGCAGUGUAUUCUGGGAUUGCCUUCACCUUAAAAGAUGCAACCUUUUUUUGGCAAACUUUUUCGAACUGUCUGUGUAGGCAGCUUAAUAAGUUUGGGAACAGAGUCGUUGCACGUGCCUGUUUCACUGUACACCCAAUCAUUCAUUGAACUGUAAGGUCAAUAUACAUGAUAAUUACGCCCCCUUGUGGUGAGGAGGCAAACUACAGCUUCAGCCGUGCUGUAUAACACUAUCAGACAUUUUCUGCUUGGAGAAUGAAGUUAAAUAUGUACAUGAUUGUUGAUAAAUGGUUUCAGUGUACAGUUUACAUAAACUGUCCAUCAUUUCUCAAUAGAUUGGAAAUACUAAAAUAUUUUUUUUUCUUAAAGUCUUUAUUGGGAUUGUACAUUUUUGGUGUAUUUACGGAGGUUUUGAAAUCCAGCCAAAAGUCAUUGCAGGUAUUAUUGUGGCAAAGUUAUGCAGGAAAUUCAUUAAUUCAACUUGUGCACAACAUAAGAGUCCAGAAUUCAGAUGAUGUUUAUGUUGAUAUGAUCAUGCACUAUAUAAAGUCAUACAGUUAUAGAUUUAUAACCUGAUCAGAUAUUUGUAUAGUUGAAUUAUUAAUGUACAGUUCAGUGUGUGAUAUAUUAAUGACUGGGGGCUUUUAGAUCCAUUAGUAGUUAUGGAUUAUUUGUACCUCUGCUCAUUUAUGGGACCGUGCUGCAGGUUUUAGUGGCAGACACCUUGAAAGGUGAUAUAACUCUUGUUACUUUAUCUGUCUGUCCAGAACACUCACAUAUAAGCGCAUACACUUACUCAUCCAUGACUAACUUCUCUCUAUAUUAUAGGUUUAAGUAUUUAUCAGUCCUAGCUUUCUCUUAAAGUUCUUGUCUGUGGAAUUCUAAACGAGUCCCAUUUCAUUUUCUCUUCAGUUUCUUUAAUUUCUUUCUCUUCUUUUAAUGUCUUGAAUGUUUUAAAAGUUAUACUUGUUAAGAUUGUCCCUAAUUUUAUUUUUGUGGGUCCAGGUCACAUUUUACCUUAACUAUCAUGAUGUACAAGUACUGCCAUUAAAAUACCAUGAUGUCAUGUUUUGCAUACAGUAAUGAGAAUAAAGGUUUUUAUGCUUCAUUUUCUUAUUUUAACGUCGAAAUGUGACUUCGGCACUUAUACAUGCUUAGGGUCGCCAAAUGCCAAUGUAUUCAGUGACAAAUUGUGAAUAGCUGUGAUAAAAUGUUAAUAAAGUAUAGUUGAGUACAAUAGUGAAA